UCUGUCGAUCUAUCUGUCUAAACGCGCGCGUGGCUCCGCGGCUCGGUCGCGCGGAGCAUCUGCAACUUGCUCUUUGGCAGCUGUCAUCGUCUUGCGCUGAGGGUAGGGUGGUGUUUAACGUGGCAGGAAAAUAAGCAUUUGGAUAUAAUUCUAAAAAGAUGGCCGGGGGGGCGGGCUCCAUGCGCAUCCUGAUCAAGGGCGGCAAGGUGGUCAACGACGACUUCACGCAGGAGGCCGACGUCUACAUCGAGAAUGGCGUCAUCCAGCAGGUGGGCAAGGAGCUGAUGAUCCCGGGCGGUGCCAAGGUGAUCGACGCCUCGGGCAAGCUGGUGCUGCCGGGCGGCAUCGACGCCAGCGUGCAUCUGCAGCAGAGCUUCAUGAACGCCACCAUCCAGGACGACUUCUACAGCGGCACCAAGGCUGCACUAAUGGGUGGCACCACUAUGGUGAUAGCCCACGUGCUGCCUGAGAGGGACUCAUCUCUGGUGGACGCAUACGAGAAAUGCCGCUCUCUGGCCGAUGCCAAGGCAUGCUGUGACUACGCCCUGCACAUGGGCGUCACCUGGUGGGGAGUCAAGGUGCGUAACGAGAUGGAGUCCCUGGUGCGCGAGCGCGGGGUCAACUCCUUCCAGAUGUUCAUGGCCUACAAGGACACGCUCAUGCUGCGGGACGCCGAGCUCUUUCAGGCCCUGCAGACGUGCAAGGACAUCGGGGCCGUCCCACGCAUCCACGCAGAGAAUGGAGAACUGGUGGUGGAGGGGGCAAAGGAGGCACUGGACUUGGGAAUCAGUGGACCAGAAGGAAGUGAGAUUAGCCGCCCAGAGGAGCUGGAGGCAGAGGCCACCCACCGAGCCAUCACCAUCGCCAACAGAGCCCACUGCCCCGUGUACCUGGUGAAUGUGGCCAGUACGAGUGCUGGGGAUGUGAUCGCAGCUGCUAAGAUGCAGGGUAAGGUGGUCCAUGCGGAGACGACGGUGGCCCACUCGGUGCUGAGCGGAAUGCACUACUACCACCAGGACUGGGCCCACGCCGCCGCCCACGUCAUGGCUCCACCCCUGCGACUCGACCCCAACACCCCCAACUACCUCAUGAGCCUGCUGGGAAAUGACACUGUGAACGUGGUGGCAUCUGAUCACCGCCCCUUCAGCACCAAGCAGAAGGCCAUGGGCCGCGAUGACUUCACUAAGAUCCCUCACGGCGUGCCCGGGGUGCAGGACCGCAUGAGCGUCAUCUGGGAGAGAGGAGUGGUGGGAGGGAAGAUGGAUGAGAACCGCUUUGUUGCCGUGACGAGCUCCAACGCUGCUAAGAUCUUCAAUCUCUACCCUCGCAAGGGACGCAUCAUCCCAGGGGCCGACGCAGAUGUGGUCGUCUGGGACCCUGAUGCAACAAAGACCAUCUCUGUGACCACACAGGUACAAGGAGGGGACUUCAACCUGUAUGAGAACCUGCGAUGCCAUGGCGUUCCCCUGGUAACGAUCAGCCACGGCCGACUGGUGUGUGAGAACGGAGUCUUCAUGUGCGCCGAGGGUUCUGGAAAAUUCUACCCCAUGCGGACCUUUCCAGACUUCCUUUACAAGAAGAUGGUGCAGAGGGAGAAGUGUCAGACACUGAAGGGGGUGGACAGGGCCCCCUAUUCCGGAGAUGUUGCCACGGUAACCAAUUCCUGUAAAAAGGAAGUGUGCCUCCCGGACGGUGACGAGCCCCCGGCCCGUGGUGUGGCCAGACACGGCGGCGUGAGGGACCUGCACGAGUCCAGCUUCAGCCUCUCAGGUUCUCAGGUAGACGACCACGUCCCAAAGAGGUCCUCUGCCCGGAUCCUGGCUCCACCUGGAGGCCGGUCCAGUGGCAUCUGGUAACCAUGGAGACAGCACAUCAGGCUGAGGGCCUCCACUCUGCACCCUUUUUAUCCGUGUGUUACUCACCCACCCAGAAAUCUGCACUGAUUCUAUAGACAUCCACUGGUUCUUUUCCAACACCUACUACCACAGACAGGGAAUAAAACAGACUAAAGUGGAUAUACCUUUAUGAUUUGCAGUAGGAGAGGGUUUUCAGUAAGAAUGAUGGUCUUCAAUCGAGUGGAACAACAGACCAAGUCUUCUGCCAGUUUAUGUAUUUGCUCAUAGAAAUCCUAAAUUAAUUGUAUUGUAUGUGUUGCUUAUCUAAAUAUCAGAAAGAUAGCACGAGUACUAUUGUGGAUUAGUGGACUGACACCCUAAAUGCACACAGUUAUUGAUACCUUGCAAGGAAACACUCUCACCCAGGUAUACAAACAUAGACACACAUACACACACAGUGCUGUGCUAUAGAUGUAGGCUAGUCAUGAUACAAUAUAGGCCUUUCCUGGACGUUAUUGUUGUUGUUAGAAAUGGUCCCUUCCUCGGGAGAUUUGUUUUGUGUGAUCCGUCACUUUACGCCUCUCAGCUCCAACUUCUUGUCCAGACCCAAUGAUGAAUCAGUCAUCCAAACCUUGUGUUCACCUUUGUCUACCUUGUCUUAGCACUUACUUGAUGAAAGAGAGUAUAUACUUCUACUAGAUUCCACGUUGAACUGUUCAUGUUAAGUUGGAUAUUUUUGUUACGCAGGUUGCAUGUGUGGUGAUGAAGCUCAGCUGCUGCUUCCAUGGCUCAGUGAGAACGGUUUUGUUUCAGAUUCACAUUUUCAGGCCCCCCACUUUGGGUGCACCCACUGGUAUGAGGAGGAGGGAUCUGUGAGAGGAUGUUGCUGACGCAUUGUGAACAUAACGCAUGCUCACCAAGAGCUUUGUGCCUAGCUAUUCACAGUCAGAUAGGAAGGGUUUGGUUACAGUUAUGACAUUAGUAAAAGAACCUGAAGAGUACUGUUAAGUAUUUAAAAAGGUAUUUGACAUGAUUUAAGUACCACAUACUAUUCAGUAGGUUUCCCUGUAAACUAGACUUUGCACUUUGCUUUAUUCACAAAAAAGGGACCAAUUUGCCUGACCUCUGUUAAACUUCAACAUGAAACACGUGUAACAUUGCUUAGCUGGUGUUUGCCUUUUUUAACGUUCUUUGUAUUACUCCUUUAACAGCUGACCUAUGCAUGCAGACACCAUAUAGCCAAUAUAUGAUCAACAUACGCCAGGUUUUAAUAUUCACAUUGUUUACUUCAUGCUUUAUGGCAUCCCUUAAAGGUGAUUAUAAGUGCUUGUGGAAAUUAUGUAAUUUCUCACGCAUGCAAUACACCUGAAAGUGAUAAGCCCAUAUUUACAUAAUUAGGAAAUAGGGGAGAUCAAAAUACAACACAACCCUUACAACCC